AUAAAAUAAAUGAAGUAAUUCCUACACAACCAGUAUUUUCAGUAUUUCAUUUGUGGUAACACAGCACUUUAGUAUCGAUAUCGAUUCCCGAGUUUUGGUACUUGUUGCAUCUCUAGUAAAUGUCAGCAUUAUGUUUUCAUUUAUAGUCUGUGGUAGCAAUUUAGCAUCACGCACCGUAUCUGUCAAAUCAAAUGUGAUUCGAAAACCCAACGGACGAAUAAAAAGUUUAGUGUUUCAUUUAUUUUCGAGUUUGCAACCAUGAGUUGCAAAGCGAAUUCUAAAUCAAUUAAAUUCCAACCGAUGCCCAUGGCGGCAUUGAUUGCUAACUUAAAGACGCUGCCAGGGACGUUAAACAAACGCGAAUCGAGUGAUUUUUCGGACGAAAGCAGUAGUCCAUUUGAUGUGUACUUACAGAAAACGCAUUCAAAGACGGCACCCACGGGAGGGGACUCUAAGCGUAGUAUUAAGGUGCCUUUUGUUAAGGUACCUUCGUCUGAGAAACUCAGCUUAGAGAAAGCUCCAGUAGAGACAAAGAUAGAAAGUACACCGAGUCAGGUGGAGAAUGAUAGUAACAAGGAGAUCGUCUCUAGGUCUACCAUGGCGUACAGGUUCCCUGGGGUGGACAUGCUGCCGACGAUCGAGGCUUCCACAUCGCAAUCUAUGACUGCAGAGAGCCUUCAGAAUGCUCAAAAACAUGCUCCGUUUAUUGAGAAAAAAGAAAGUGCCAGGUGUCUUUUCCCGGAACCAGCCAAAGAUUCACCUCCAUCAAUGGCACCACCCACACCAAGGGAGGUCCCAACGUUCCGCGCAAUAGUACAACCACUCACCGAAACUUUCGCUGACUCUCCCUCAGAGUCCACUGAGUUACCAACGCAGACACAACCUAGCUUACAGACACAGCUGACACAAGUUACACAUCAGACACAAGUUACACAUCAGACACCAGUUACACAUCAGAAACUAGUUACACAUCAGACACAAGUUACACAUCAGACACAAGUUACACAUCAGACACAAGUUACACAUCAGACACCACAGACAUCGUCUGUGGCAGCGACACCAUCGCAGCCGGCAGGUCCGAGAAACUCUGCCAAAAUACAGUUGAAGACAAUCAAUGUGAAAGGAAAGAAGUAUAUGGUCAUUAAGAAACUUGGUACGGGAGGGUCCAGUCAGGUGUUAAAGGUAUUGGAUAUCAGCACAUCAAACGAGUACGCGGUGAAAUGCGUAGAUCUAGCGACGGACCGCGAGAUGGCGCAAGGCUACCUGAACGAGGUAAAGCUACUGCGAGAACUGCAGAAGAGCGACCGAGUCAUCAAGUUGUAUGAGUAUGAAUACGAUCGUGCGAACAACUUUCUUCAGUUGGUGAUGGAGGUGGGAGAGACGGACCUGGCGUGCUUCCUGCGCGCGCACCGCGACGGCGCGCCGCCCGCGCUCGUGCUGCACUACUGGGAGGAGAUGCUGCGCGCCGUGCAGCAGAUACACCAGCACGGAAUAGUCCACGCAGACCUGAAACCGGCCAACUUCCUCCUCGUGUCCGGGCGGCUGAAGCUGAUCGACUUCGGUAUAGCGUCGGCCGUGUCCGGGGACGCCACCAGCGUGGUCCGCUCCUGCGGGAAGGGCACGUUCUCCUACAUCAGCCCCGAAGCGCUGGGCGGAGAGGGCGAGGAGCACCCUUUCAAGGUCUCGUUCUACUCCGACGUGUGGUCACUCGGCUGCAUCCUAUACAGCCUGAUAUACGGCCAAACGCCCUUCGCGAACCUUGCCACCUUAUUGAAACUGGCCACCAUCAGGGACCCCAAACAUGUCAUCGCCUACCCGCCCGUCGAAUGCAUACCCCAGUCCCUCACCACAGCGCUGAAAAGCUGCCUUCGCUACGACGCCCACAGUCGUCCCACCGUCAUACAGCUGUUACAAAUGAGGCACCUCCAAUGCAACUCGAGGUCCUUACCAGAGGCGUUGCUCGGAAAGUUAAGGCAUGUCGUGACGCCGGAGGAGUUCACGUUGCUACAGAAGGCUAAGAUCUAUGAGGCGUGAAGCGUUUUGAUUAGUCUGUUGGACCGCUUACCUCGUGAUGAUAUGCUGCGUUACCGUGGGCUGGUAAAACCUGUCAGAUUUUAAAGGUGUAUUCUCGACCGCAUUUAGAGACUAAAAUGUUGUAUAAACUUUUCAGAAAUCGGUCUUGUUUUAUAGUCUGUAUCUUUAGGUAUUUAAAAAAAGGUAAACAAAAUCUACCCUCAAAUGGCUCCUUAAGGCAGUUGAGGGUAGAUGAAAACAUUACAUGAUCAAAUAAUGUAGGUUUAAAGUCAGGUCGUUCAGUGACAGAUCCAGGCGGUUUUGUAUUUGGUUGGUUAACCAAUAAAUAUUAAAACUACCCGAAAAUGUACAAAGUGUUUGUUUACCUUUUUUUAAAUACCUAAAGAUACAGACUAUAGAGAUAAUGACAAUUCUAGUGUAAAUAUAUAAUAACUUAGUGAAAAACGCCUUUUUGCGUUUCGACGCCGCCACUACGUGACUUGGUUUAGACAUGCCUACAGACAGACAUAAAAGUUAAAGGGAACUCGCAAUUUUUAUCUGAAAAAAAUAAAUAAACUACUUAUUAGUUGUAACGUUUCUUUUUCGCCAAGAGGCAAAAGCGUAUUUUUUGUCGAGUUAAGAUCAAAACGCAUAUAACAUUUUUUGGUCCUGAGACCUCAGGAAUGCGUAAAUAAAAUCUGUCGGGUUUUACCAGCGAUUGAUAAUAAACAUAGAUGACGAACAAGCUCUGCAAAAUGACCCCACACACAUUGUGCCGAAGCGGGCGGGGCGUCAACUUUGUGCCGCGGAGCUAUUUAGUUCGCAAAUGGCGGCCCGUUGUCACAGUCAUAGUAAGAAGUAUUCAAAUUAUAUCUUUAACACAAGAAAUACGCCUUAUUGUGCGGAUAAAUGAUGUGCUAGUCGUUGCAACAAACACUGGAAAAAAUAUGGGAUUACUUUUCACGUAUAGUAUAGCUAGGAUCAUAUUAUUUUGAUUUCUCUUGAUCACAACAGGCUUUAUAUGGGGAUGAUGUUACGCAUUUUAAAUAACCAUUGAUAUUAAGAAACUUUCAUUUUUAUUUUGUUCAGGUUGUUGUUUUAAUAAUUUAAAUUUGUGAUAGUAAUUACGAAUCGCCGUUGCAGGUGGAGGUUUUUUGAGCGGACUAUCUAAGCGGUAGAAUCCGUCUAAUCAAAAUGAAGUUGGAAUAGAGAUGCAUUGACAAAGAAAACUUUGUAGCUACAGUAAAUUUACUGCCAUCUUUCGACACAUGAUUAAAACUUUUAGAACGCCAUUUGUCUUUGAUCUUUCACUGAUGUGUUAAAUUUGUUAAAUAUAUAAAGUGGCGCCAUCGAAUAGAGCAUAGGCCAUGGCGCCAUCGAUCGAAACGAUGCCGCCAUAUCAUGUGUCGAAAGAUGGCAGUAAAUUUACUGUGGCUACAAAGUUUUCUUUUACUAUCAAGAGACUUGAAGGAAUUAUUAUAGGGGCCGUCAUUCGAGGUAAGAGGUAAGGAAAGAUAGGGUAAGAAUAACAUAGUUUAUUUUACUCGAGGUAAGAAAGACACUAUGACGAUUACAUUAAUUGUUAUUCUAGCCCCUGAAUAAAAAUCUAGUAUAACCUCUGUUUUCAUCUUGUAGUAUAUUAAUUUUGAUAUUUAGAAUUAUUUAUUUUAAGAAAUCAUUUAUAGGAUUUAGGACUUAGGCUGUGCAUCCACUAUAGAAGUGCGAGGUAUAGGCCGCGAGCCAGGAACAGAUUUCCAUGGCCACUCGCUUCCCGGGCGAAAACUCGUAUACAGGCUAUGAUGAACCCUCGUGGACGUCAGCUGCCGCUCCGUUGGUGGGUUGAGGAAUGGCAGCCACCGAAACACGUAAAAAAAUUGUCAUCGCCUCCCGUUUGAUACUUUGUCAUAUGUGAUAUUGUAUCUUUUUAAAUCGCUUUCUGCCCCCUGUGAUACCAUUGUGUCAGUUUUGUUGUCACCUGACGGCUUGGAGAAUUUAACAACCGGAGUCGCCUUUAGAAGCUUACCCUCUCGAAAACCUCGGCCAAUGGUCAUAUGUAUUGUAUGGACUGACGUUUAUUUGACAUGGCUAUUUGUACAUCACGCGUACAUUUGACGCGUACAGAAAAUUACAGACAUGGCGUCUCCAGGUAAAUCCUCCAAGCCUGACAGCUUCGCCGUUCGUUGCUGGUCAAACACAUAUACAUAUAAUGUGGAUUUCCUACCGAACCCAGUCUCGAGGAUAUUUUUUUGUUGGUUUUUUGUGCAUUCAUUGUUGUUUAAAGUGUAAUGAUAGAUUAUAAAAUCAGGGACACAAUCAUUUUUGUAUGGAAGCAAACUUUUUUCUGCUGCGUUACCUUACGAAUUGUAAGUUUUAUUCGAUCAAUGUGUUAAUUUUAAUGUGUUAAUAAUGGCCGUUUAACAAAAAUGAAAAAAAAUGUUUUUUGAAAAAUCGAUUUUAUUUGCUAGGGAGUCUAGGGACACGAAAUCAAUGUUCUAAAAGUUGAUUCACAGGGUAUGCAGCUAAUUAUUAUUUUUGAGAUAUAUUUAACCAAUUUAGUUAACAUACGAUAAUCCAUCGUGGUUGUUUGUGUGUUUGUAAAGUCCAGCUAUCACUCCACUAGAUGCAACUACCGAACGUCAUGAUCUACGAGCACACUUUCGACAUCGGCGAAGGCAACUAAAAUUGUAUAGAGGCCAAUUGUAAAAAAUUAAGUAAAUAUUUUUGUUAAGCUGCUUGUCCCAACUUAACCGGCCUGAAAUGUACGCAAAAUUGACAGUUUGGUGAAACCGGUUUGGUGGACCCUGGGCAAUGUUAGGGUCUACAGUUUGGGGUUCUUCAAAAAAGGAGUGUACAGGUUUCUAAAGGGUCGGCAACGCGCAUGUAACACCUCUGGAGUUGCGGGCGUCCAUAGGCUGCGGUGACUGCUUACCAUCAGGCGGGCCGUAUGCUUGUUUGCCACCGUCGUGGUAUAAAAAAAAAUGUUGGUCAUAUGUAUUUUGUGCUUGAAUUUUUAUCAGCAGUCUUUUGAGUUAUUAUCAAACGAUUAUUUUUAGUAAAGCUCUGUAUGAUUUUGUGAUAAAUUACCAAUGUAACGCCUAAAAUGGCAAAUAAUUUCUUUGGGUCGUAUCCUCCUAAGUCCCGAUGUCCUUUUAGUAGGACAAAAUCGAAUUAAGGUUCCAAAUUCAAAACUGCAAUAUGAUUUGGACUUAAGAUUUGAUCAGCAGACUAAUAAAGUAAUUGAUAUUUUAGUUUGAUAUUAACUCAAAAUGUUGUUUGUUAUUAUUUUAGAUAUUGUAUAUAAAUAAAAUAGUACUAAAGAAAUGCCUAUUUAAAUUGAUAGAAUUUUGAUAAUCACUAAUCACAAAUGUAGUACAUUUAUAUAAUAAAAUUUUAUACUACAACUAAA